GCGCGUCGGGCACGCGCGCCGGCGACCAUGGCGUUCGCCGGGCUCGAGCGAGUACAUUAACCCCUGGCGGUGGCGGCGGCGGCGGCGGCGAGGGAGCGAGCCUCGAGCGGGCGGGCACCAGCCUGAGGGAAGGGAGGAAGGGGCGGGGAAAACGCCAGAGGGAGGCCGGUCGGCGGCGGGCGGGCGGGCAACGCAGCGCCGAGCGGGGCCCGCGGGCCCAUGAGGAGGCCCGGGGACCAUGGGCUCCAGGAUCAAGCAGAAUCCAGAGACCACGUUUGAAGUGUAUGUUGAAGUGGCCUAUCCUAGGACAGGUGGCGCUCUUUCAGAUCCUGAGGUGCAGAGGCAAUUCCCGGAGGACUACAGUGACCAGGAAGUUCUACAGACUUUGACCAAGUUUUGUUUCCCCUUCUAUGUGGACAGCCUCACGGUCAGCCAAGUUGGCCAGAACUUCACAUUCGUGCUCACUGACAUUGACAGCAAACAGAGAUUCGGGUUCUGCCGCUUAUCUUCAGGAGCGAAGAGCUGCUUCUGUAUCUUAAGCUAUCUACCCUGGUUCGAGGUAUUUUAUAAGUUACUUAACAUCCUGGCAGAUUACACGACAAAAAGACAGGAAAGUCAGUGGAAUGAGCUUCUUGAAACUCUGCACAAACUUCCCAUCCCUGACCCAGGAGUGUCUGUUCAUCUCAGCGUGCAUUCUUAUUUUACUGUGCCUGAUACCAGAGAACUUCCCAGCAUACCUGAGAAUAGAAAUCUGACAGAAUAUUUUGUGGCUGUGGACGUGAACAACAUGUUGCAUCUGUAUGCCAGUAUGCUCUACGAGCGCCGGAUACUCAUCAUUUGCAGCAAACUCAGCACGCUGACGGCCUGCAUCCACGGGGCUGCCGCGAUGCUCUACCCCAUGUACUGGCAGCACGUGUACAUCCCAGUGCUGCCCCCGCACCUGCUGGACUACUGCUGCGCUCCCAUGCCCUACCUCAUAGGAAUCCAUUUAAGUUUAAUGGAGAAAGUCAGAAACAUGGCCCUGGAUGAUGUCGUGAUCCUGAACGUGGACACCAACACCCUGGAAACCCCCUUUGAUGACCUCCAGAGCCUCCCAAAUGAUGUGAUUUCUUCACUGAAGAGCAGGCUAAAGAAGGUCUCCACAACCACCGGUGAUGGCGUGGCCAGAGCGUUCCUCAAGGCCCAGGCCGCUUUCUUCGGCAGCUACCGAAACGCUCUGAAAAUUGAGCCAGAGGAGCCGAUCACCUUCUGUGAGGAGACCUUCGUGUCCCACUACCGCUCGGGAGCCAUGAGACAGUUCCUGCAGAACGCCACACAGCUGCAGCUCUUCAAACAGUUCAUUGAUGGUCGAUUAGACCUCCUCAAUUCUGGUGAAGGUUUUAGUGAUGUUUUUGAAGAGGAAAUCAACAUGGGCGAGUAUGCUGGCAGUGAUAAACUGUACCAUCAGUGGCUCUCCACGGUCCGGAAAGGAAGUGGAGCAAUUCUGAAUACUGUAAAAACAAAAGCAAAUCCAGCCAUGAAGACCGUCUACAAGUUCGCAAAAGAUCAUGCAAAAAUGGGAAUAAAAGAGGUGAAAAACCGCUUGAAGCAAAAGGACAUCACUGAGAAUGGCUGUGUCCCCACCCCAGAAGAGCAGCUGCCAAAGACUGCACCAUCCCCACUGGUGGAAGCCAAGGACCCCAAGCUCCGGGAAGACCGGCGACCAAUCACAGUCCACUUCGGACAGCCACAGAAACUUCGUCCCACCCGACCGCCGCCUCCCAAGAUACAGCGCUCGAGGCCCGUGCGCCCACCCCGUCCACAUGUUGUUAAGAGACCAAAGAGCAACAUCACAUUGGAAGGCCGGAGGACGUCUGUGCCAAGCCCUGAGCACCUGGUAAAGCCUUUGAGACACUAUGCUGUCUUCCUCUCCGAAGACUCUUCUGAUGAUGAAUGCCAGCGGGAAGAGGGCCCGAGCUCUGGCUUCACCGAGAGCUUUUUCUUCUCUGCUCCCUUUGAAUGGCCGCAGCCCUAUCGGACACUCAAAGAGUCAGACAGUGCAGAAGGUGAUGAGGCAGAGAGUCCAGAGCAGCGAGCGCGGAAGCCUUUGGGCCCUGCCCCAGCUCCACCUGACAGGGCCGCCAGCAUUGACCUUCUGGAAGAUGUCUUCAGCAACCUGGACAUGGAGCCCCCUCUUCAGCCACUGGGCCAGGCCAAAAGCCUGGAGGACCUUCGGGCUCCCAAAGACCUGAGAGAGCCCCCAGGGACCUUUGACUAUCAGAGGCUGGACUUGGGCGGGAGCGAGAGGAGCCGUGGGAUGAUGAUGGCCUUGAAGCUCACCCACCCGUACAACAAGCUGUGGAGCCUGGGCCAGGAUGACAUGGCCAUUCCCAGCAAGCCCGCAGCUGCCUCCCCUGAGAAGCCCUUGGUCCUGCUCGGGAACUCCACAACCCUGCCCCGAAGGCCUCAGAACCGCAACAGCAUCCAGAACCCUGGUGACAAGGAGGAGGCACCCACCCCGACUCUAGGCAGCAUCACCAUUCCCCGGCCCCAGGGCCGAAAGACCCCAGAGCUGGGCAUUGUGCCUCCCCCGCCCGUUGUCCGCCCAGCCAAGCUCCAGGCUGCCGGCACUACACUCGGUAACUUCUCAGAACGGCUGCAGACAGAUCGAGAGAGGCAAGCCACUGUGAGCCCAGCCCUGUUCCCCAAUGUUGCUCCCCAGGGCUCCACUGAACUGCUCCAGCCACUCAGCCCGGCCCCAGCAGCUGCAGGCACAAACAGUGACGCCCUGCUCGCUCUCCUUGACCCACUUAGCACAGCCUGGCCAGGCAGCACCCUGCCGCCAUGCCCUGCUGCCCGAAAUGUAGCCCCCCCAUUCACCCCCCAAUACAGCUUCCCCCCUGCAGGGACCCCUGUCCCAUUCCCACAGCACCCACUCAACCCCUUUGUCCCAUCCAUGCCAGCAGCGCCGCCUGCCCUGCCCCUGAUUUCCACAACAGCUGGGCCCUUUGGGGCCCCUCCUGCUUCCCUGGGGCCAGCUUUUGCACCCAGCCUCCUGCUGUCUGGUGCUGGCUUCUGUGCCCCUCACAGAUCUCAGCCCAACCUGUCUGCCCUCUCCAUGCCCAACCUCUUUGGCCAGAUGCCCAUGGGCACCCACACCAGCCCCCUGCAGCCACUGGGGCCCCCAGCAGUUGCUCCUUCAAGGAUCCGAACGUUGCCCCUGGCCCGCUCAAGUGCCAGGGCCGCUGAGGCCAAGCAGGGGCUGGUCCUGAGGCCGGGAGAGCCCCCUCUCUUGCCUCCCAGACCCCCCCAGGGCUUGGAGCCAGCACUGCAGCCCUCUGCUCCUCAACAGGCCAGAGACCCCUUUGAAGAUUUGCUACAGAAAACCAAGCAAGACGUGAGCCCAACCCCGGCCCCUGCCCCGGCCCCGGCCCCAGGCUCUGUGGAGCAGCUCAGGAAGCAAUGGGAGACCUUCGAGUGAGCCAGGCCCUGAGGGUGGGUGAGCCAAGAACAAAUGUGUGCUGCCCACAGCUGUGGCCUCGAGGCCCCCUGCUGCUGGGUCUGCCCAGGUUCUGCUGGUGGGUAGGGUGGGACCCCUCUCUGCUACCCCCCUAUGCCCCUGGUCUCCACACCACUGCCCAUCUCUGAGGGAACGGUGCCAGUUCGGGCCUCAGCGUCGACCCAGCUCCUGGGUACCCGUCCCGCCCGGCAUGGCCCCUCCUCAGCACCCUGACUGGGUUUUGCACUAAUGAGGUCAGCUGGGCCAAUGAUUGCCCAGACCAGGUCCUACCCACCUUCCCCUAGAAACAUCCUACAAGGCUCCUCCUGAGCCAGCUCUCCUGUCCCUCCUGCAGCCCAGCCCUGCACACCCCACCCGGACAGGCACAGGCGUCAGUGUAACCCUCAAGUGUGAGCUCGUCUGCACGAGACACAGGUGAUUUGGGGGUUUGAAGUCAGGGCUCCUCCCAGGUGGAGGAUCUACCAGGCGUGGCAUCUCUGAACCCUCUCUAGCAAUAUGCACAUGUAUUCUUUCCUGAGUCUUCACCCCCAACUCCAAACUUCAGUUGUUUCUGGCCUGGUAGGAUCUGGGCUCAGGAGGAUCUUAGGCUCCCUUUUGAUAGCCAAACCCAGCCCCUGUCACCCCUGCAUGGGGCUGGGGCACCAGCAACUCAGAUUUGUAGAAGAAAAAUAGAAACCCACAAAUCUGAGCAUGUUAAGAGGAAUCCUCAGCCUUCAUCCAACCCUCUGUGACUCUGAUACCUCUAGUUCUCCUUGACUCUCCUGUCACUGUCAAAGCCAGGCUCAGCUCAUUGUCACUUGGGGCUUCGUGGGCAGAGCUGAGAAGCGAUGACCCAGAUUUCAACUCAAAGGCUAAGCUUAAUGCCACAUUCUGAUGUGGGAGUCUCAGCUGCCCAGGGUCCCUGGGCUGGGACAGGACAAUGGCCCUGAGCUCCUAUUUCAGGGUU